UUUCGGAAUUGUUCUCGCUUUAUCUCAUCGUCAAUGGCUUCGGAUUUAAAAGAAUCUCCUUCCAACAAUCCAGGCCUCCACACCACCCUCGAUGAAGCCACUAAAGGAUACUUCAUGCAACAAACUAUGUUUCGCAUUAAGGAUCCAAAAGUCAGUCUUGAUUUCUAUUCUCGCGUAUUGGGCAUGUCGUUGCUGAAGAGGCUGGAUUUUCCAGAAAUGAAAUUUAGCUUAUACUUUAUGGGUUAUGAGAUUGUUUUCUUUCUAGUUGGCAUUGCCAUUUACAAAGAGGUGCAGGGGACCAUAGAUGUAAAUGAUCUCAUAUUCAUUGAUACAGCAUCAGCUCCAAGCAAUGCAGUUGAUCGUCUUGUUUGGACAUUUGGUCAGAAAGCUACAAUUGAAUUGACACAUAAUUGGGGUACUGAAAGUGAUCCUGAUUUCAAGGGCUACCAUAAUGGGAAUUCAGAACCUCGUGGCUUUGGACACAUUGGCAUUACUGUUGAUGACACACAAAAGGCUUGUGAGAGAUUUGAACGUCUAGGGGUGGAGUUCGUGAAGAAACCUGAUGAUGGUUUCAAUGUGAAAGAAUAG